CUUAGCUCAUCCCUAAGGCUUUAUAUAUUUUUCCACGCCCAAAUAUUGUCCUGAGUUUUCUCAUCAACAGAAAUGGAGAAGGGUCAAAUUGGGAUGAAAACUGCAACAAGCAGCGAGUACCAGGAUUUGUUACCGGUGAUGGCAGAGAAGCUUGAUGUAAAGGCUUUUGUGUCUGAAUUAUGUGGGGGCUUUCGUCUUCUGGCGGACCCCGAAAAGGGGUUGAUUACAUCAGAAAGUCUGCGAAGGAAUUCGGCCCUGCUAGGGAUGGAAGGGAUGAGCAAAGAAGAUGCGGAGGCUAUGGUGAGAGAAGGAGACCUUGACGGAGAUGGAGCACUCAAUGAAACAGAAUUCUGCGUUCUGAUGGUGAGACUGAGUCCUGAGAUGAUGCAGGAUGCUGAAACCUGGCUGCAGAAGGCACUUGAACAGGAACUAAGGACAUCCUCACCCUGAUUUUUCCUGUUGUAUUAACUUAGAAGAAGGUUGUCUCUUUCAUUAUGUUGUACGAGCAGGUUGUAAUUGAUGAGCGCAAUGAACUUCAUUGUACUGCAUGCA